CUAGAUUUACUUCCGCCACAAGUAGCCCUACAGUUUCUAUAAUCUACACAUUUUUUGUCGUUAUUACACACUUGAAUUUUUAUUAUUAAACGCAAAAUUACCCCCCAAAAAGUCAAAUUUGAAUGUCCUAGAUAUGUAUUUGAUAGUUCUAUUUGCUUUUCUAAAAAGUUGAGCUUCUCGAAGUCACUGUAAGUCUAAAAAGUUGAGCUCCUCGAAGUCACUGUAAGUCUAAAAAGUUGAGCUCCUUGAAGUCACUGUAAGUCUAAAAAGUUGAGCUCCUCGAAGUCACUGUAAGUCUAAAAAGUUGAGCUCCUCGAAGUCACUGUAAGUCUAAAAAGUUGAGCUCCUCGAAGUCACUGUAAUUCUAAAGAACUGUUGAACACUGCAGCUUUUGAUCACUUUUUUGUAGUUGUUCUCUAAAAAACUUCAACAUUUUUCAUUGUUUUUUUUUUUGCUUCAAAACUUAAAUAUGUAAGGGGCAAGAUUUCAAACCAUUUAAGACUUCACUACACAGUUAUUAGAAAUAGAAUUAAAUGCUUUUAGAGAUGAUACCACACAAGGACUUUCUGUGAUGACAAUUCGCAAACAUCUUUAGAGAUGAUAUCUCCUAGACGCCAAGAACUGUGCACGGUGACAUGCGGGACGUUUAUGAUUUGAUUUUUCUGGAAAAAGAUAAGCCGUUGAAAAAUCAAAGCUUUGAGCACCUGUUUGAUGAAGAUGUUAUAUUUGUACAUAAAUUUUUUGUAGGGGUCUGUAUAUGUUACAUCCCAUUGAUAAGCAUCUCAAAUAUGUUUGUGUUCUGGGGCAUCAUGCUCUAUCCAGGUUUUUAUAACAAUAAUAACAUACACCUACUGAGCCUAUCCGUGGCUGACUUAAUAGUAGGACUUUUUAGUCUGCCCAUGUAUGUUCUCAGUUACAUGGCGUCCACGCGAGAGCUGAUCUACAGCCACAAGUAUGCUUGCCUCGCCUGGUUCUCGUCGACGAUCCUCGGCGCAGGUUGCUCCCUCAUGAGUCUCUUUUGCAUUGCUCUCGAUCGUUACAUUGCGGUUAUGUGGCCUCUGCAUUACAGAACUUACGUGACAGUGGAGAGAACAGCUGUGGCGAUGAUACUGCUGUGGAUCAUAAUGAUCGUUCUGGCUGUGCUGCCUUCACUAGGUUGGAACAACUAUGACGAGACAGAACAAGAUCUAUUUUUGCGGUGUAACUUUUACCGAACUCUUCCUCAGUUUUAUGUCCGAGCUCUUGUUAUAGCGCCUUCGGUGACAAGUAUUUUUGUCUCAACUGUGUUAUAUGUGCAGAUUAUUUUUAUCAUCCGAAGGCAGUCUACGGUGGCAAUAUGCAGAGAAAUGUCUCAAAGUGCGAAAACUGAAACCAUCAAAAACUCAAAAGCAAACGUGAAAGUUACUUCCAUUCUGAUGUUUCUCUUUAUCCUUCUAUGGCUUCCAUAUUUGUUGAUUGCACCUUUUAAAUACUACAGCUAUGCCUCGGAUAAGUUCGUGGAGAUUUUCAAAUGUUUCGCUUUGUUGCUGACGUUUGGGAACUCUUUGUUCAACGCAAUGGCUUACGCCUUUUUCAGAGCCGAAUACAGAUCUGUGUAUGGUGUGAUGAUUACGACCUUCCCCUGGCACUGGAGCUGCGCUCUGCGUGACUUGCACAGAAGUAAGCGUGACAGUGUCUACUUCUUAAGGCCGAGUGACGCCUGCUCACAAGAUCGAAAUGCAACGAUGUCACCAGAAUUGAUUGUCAACUACGACUGUAACGGUCCAAAAGAUGGCGAAGUAUCGACAGAAGUGAAAUUUGACAGCGAUCGCUCGCACACUGCUGUGGCAACUGAUCAAGAAGCAUCUCAAACUCAGCAGAGUAGCGAUAAGUCCACAGCUACAGCGGGAUCAGGUGCAGGUACCAAGUCCCACUCCAGUGAAAAAUCCUACACUCCGAUGUCCAUCAUCAAGUCACCAGCCAACACAAGUCCAACUGUCCAACCUUCCAAGGGAAGCUCCAAACAUACCAUCAUUUCUGCUGUCUCUAGCUUUUGGCGUUUUCAAUCUGAAAUCUAGUAGUCCGAGUUGGUAGUUCUGAGCAAACUAUUUCGCUAGUUCCAUUCAAUGCGAUACAUUGCUGGGGACGGCUGGUCUAAGAGAAUAUUCAGGAAAUAAAGUAGCUGAACACAAAAAGUGAAAACUUCUUUCGCUGUUCUUUAAACUUCAGGGUUCAAACCCCAAGAAACAAAUGUUUUUAAAAAGUGAAGACUUCUUUGGCUAUUCUUCUUUUUUAACUUCAAGAUUCAAACCCCAAGAAACAAAAGUUUAACAUUAUGGAUCAAACGCUUUUAAAAUAUUAGCAUACUGUGGUACCAAGCCAUUUCUUGUAGAAGCUGUUAUAAAUAACUAAUAAGCUCAACGAUUAUGGAGUAAACAAACAAAAAGAAACUGGAGUUGUAAUAUGAAACAAUUUUAUUUGUAUUCAGUUUCUAAUGUAACUCGGUUUCAAAGACUCGUUUCUAUCAACCAUUUGAUCAGUUCUUACUCAGUAGACAGGACAAAACAAAUGUAUUCUGGAAUUACGACAUCAAGAAAUACAUUUGUGUGACAGAAUUUCCCAUGACUAAAUGUUAAUAGUAUGACAAGUGCAAUGUUUUAGUCUAACAAUUCAAUGAGUUUAGUGAACUUUUGCAAAGGAAUCUGAAUGUUAUCAGCCCGUUCUGUGACAGCAUUGCUAUCAACACUGAGGACUCCUGAACUAACCUACAUUUUUUUUGUAAUAAAAUGAUCUCUUUUAGACUUCGUUGUGUACUCUCUCCUAUUCCCUCUCUGUGUUUCUUUCUCCCUCCCUCUCUCUCACACACACAUUUAUGUCUUGCCCAUAACACUUUUGUAACAUUUUCAAAAAUAAAUAAAUCUUUACAUCUGUAAAUGCUGCAAGGUAUUAUGUGUCGAAGCAGAAUGUUUUGGCGCGACCGUUUUGGCGCAGUGACCUUUUUGACUUAGCCGUUUUGGCGCAAUUACGUUUUAGCCACAUUAUAUAUGUUCAUUUCAUUAUGUAUUUAAAAAGAGAAAUGCUUUCUAUGUGUGUUUGUGUUCUAACGUAUUUUAUAUAUUUGUAUGUUCAAAGCACUCAUAAUUUUUUGUCCAUUUAGCUUUAGGAUUUAAUUUUUUAAAAUCAGUGUUAGGCUUAUGUCACUAUUAUAAAUGGUGAGCGGGUUUUAAUAAACAAGUGAAACGAUGAA